AUGGCACUCUUUCCGCAGGCCGGUCCAUCGUGUACCCUCCCCAGGGACUUUGUGCAGUGUAAAGCUGGACAAGGUCCCCCCUUUGUCGUACCUAAAAGUAGAGAGUCAUCAGAUCUUAAGUUUUCAUCGCCGUCAAGUAAGAAUUCCGGGUUACUGAGGUUGGAUACUCUGACCAAAAGAAGCCGUAGUGCCGUUGUUGCUGCUAGCCCUCCUACAGAAGAUGCUGUAGUAGCUGCAGAGCCACUAACCAAAGAGGAUAUUGUUGGAUACCUUGCCUCUGGCUGCAAGACUAAAGAAAACUGGAGAAUAGGCACAGAACAUGAGAAGUUUGGUUUUGACAUUGGAAGUUUACGUCCUAUGAGAUAUGAGCAAAUUGCGGAUUUGCUUAAUAGUAUUGCUGAGAGAUUUGAUUGGGAGAAAAUAAUGGAAGGUGAAUACAUCAUCGGCCUCAAACAGGGGAAACAGAGCAUAUCACUAGAGCCUGGUGGUCAGUUUGAACUUAGUGGUGCACCUGUUGAAACUUUGCAUCAAACUUGUGCUGAGGUCAACUCACACCUGUAUCAGGUAAAAGCUGUUGCUGAAGAAAUGGGAAUUGGAUUCUUAGGGAUUGGGUUCCAGCCUAAGUGGGGAAUCAAAGACAUACCUAUCAUGCCCAAGGGAAGAUAUGAUAUCAUGAGGAACUACAUGCCUAAAGUUGGCACAUUGGGACUAGAUAUGAUGUUCAGGACUUGCACUGUUCAGGUUAAUCUGGACUUCAGUUCUGAAGCUGACAUGAUAAGGAAAUUCCGUGCUGGUUUAGCUAUGCAACCGAUUGCAACAGCUCUCUUUGCAAAUUCGCCUUUUACUGAAGGAAAGCCAAAUGGAUAUCUCAGCAUGAGAAGCCAUGUUUGGAUUGAUACGGACAAUAACCGCACUGGGAUGUUACCUUUCGUCUUUGAUAACUCAUUCGGGUUUGAGCAGUAUGUCGAUUAUGCUCUUGAUGUUCCCAUGUAUUUCGUUUAUCGGAACAAGAGAUAUGUUGACUGCACUGGAAUGUCAUUCCGGGACUUUCUGGCCGGAAAGCUUCCUUCCCUUCCCGGUGAACUGCCGACCCUUAAUGACUGGGAGAAUCAUUUGACAACAAUAUUUCCAGAGGUUAGACUGAAAAGAUACUUGGAGAUGAGGGGUGCUGAUGGUGGACCCUGGAGAAGGUUGUGUGCGUUGCCUGCAUUUUGGGUAGGACUGUUGUAUGAUGAGGUCUCCCUUCAAAAUGUUCUUGACAUGGUAGCUGAUUGGACACCUGCAGAAAGGCAAAUGUUACGCGAUAAGGUUCCAAGGAUGGGGUUAAAGACACCAUUUCGAGAUGGAUUUCUAAAGCACGUUGCUCAAGAUGUUGUGAAUUUGGCCAAGGAUGGACUAGAAAGAAGAGGGUUCAAGGAAGUUGGCUUCUUGAACGAGGUGGCAGAAGUAGUCAGAACAGGAGUGACUCCUGCCGAGAAGCUUUUGGACUUGUACAAUGGGAAAUGGGGGCAAUCAGUUGAUCCUGUUUUUGAGGAGCUUCUGUACUAA